UUAUAGAUUAUAUACAUAUCACAUAUAAGCAUUUUAUCUAACUGAAAUAAAUCUUCGAGCGAUGAGAUUAUCAAAGGUAUUUAAUCGGAAAAUUCUCGUCAAUCCUUACUAGCAGAUGGAUACUAGAAGUUAUCUAUCUUCGCGAAAAGCGUUCUAAAUUAAGUAAUAAAAAGACUUGUAGUCGUCUAAUGAAUAUCGCCUGUACGUAUGAAGAAACAAUGGUGCUAUGUGUCGUGUAAAGUUUGACAGCUAAACGUAAGAAGUAAGAAUAAAGACAUCCAUAUAUAUAUUAUUGCAUUAAUUGAAGCAAGAUGAAGUUUGCAGAACAUCUGUCUGCUCACAUUACGCCUGAAUGGCGUAAGCAAUACAUAAGCUAUGAGGAAAUGAAGGCAAUGCUCUAUACUGCUGUAGAAGAAGCACCGUCAGCUGAAAGUGUUGAACCAGAAGUGAUAUCUCGACACUUUGCUUCUUUUGAUGAAGUAUUUUUUACAUUUUGUGACCGUGAAUUGAAGAAAAUUAAUACUUUUUAUUCUGAAAAGUUAGCAGAAGCCACACGUAAAUAUGCAGCUCUUCAAAGCGAAUUGAAGACAGCAUUAGAAUUACAACAUGGUGGAGGGAAAAAUAAGGGGAAAGUGAAUGUUAGACCUCAUUUACCAACAAGGAAGCUGAGAGAAUUGAAACUUGCAUUUUCAGAAUUUUAUUUGUCUCUUAUACUUCUUCAGAACUAUCAAAAUCUUAAUUACACUGGUUUUCGAAAGAUUCUUAAAAAACACGACAAGUUAUUGUCUGUAGAUAGCGGAUCAAAAUGGAGGAUGGAAUGUGUAGAAACCGCACAUUUUUAUACAUCAAAAGAUAUAGACAAUCUCAUACAAGAUACAGAAACUACAGUAACAAACGAUCUAGAAGGUGGAGACAGACAACGCGCAAUGAAACGUUUACGUGUACCACCUUUAGGUGAGCAUCAAAGUCCAUGGACCACUUUUAAAGUUGGAUUAUUUUCUGGUAGUUUCAUUGUUCUCUUUGUGGCAGUUGUACUUUCAGCAAUAUUUCACGAUGGCGGUGAAAACUUAAAAAUUGCAUUUAGAUUAUAUCGUGGACCUCUGCUUAUUAUACAAUUUUUGUUUCUUAUUGGCGUGAAUGUUUAUGGAUGGCGAUCGUCCGGUGUGAAUCACGUGUUGAUAUUUGAAUUGGAUCCGCGAAAUCAUUUAUCUGAACAACAUCUUAUGGAAUUAGCGGCUGUUCUUGGAGUUAUAUGGACUCUCAGUUUAUUAAGUUUUUUAUACAGUGUCAGCUUAAGCAUCCCUCCAUAUGUGAAUCCAUUAGUUUUAGUCUGUAUCAUGUUAGCAUUCCUCUUAAAUCCAUUAAAAAUGUUUCGUCACGAGGCACGGUUUUGGUUAUUAAAGAUCAUUGGAAGAGUUUUAAUAUCACCAUUUGCGUACGUGAAUUUCGCUGAUUUCUGGCUAGCAGAUCAAUUAAAUAGUAUGGCCACGGCACUGUUAGACUUCCACUUUUUAACGUGUUUUUAUAUUACCAAUGGAAAUUGGUUAGAAGCAGGAGAUACUACGCAAUGUAUGUCUGGAUCCUUAAUUGUUAGACCUAUUGUUAAUUGUCUACCUGCAUGGUUUCGUUUUGCACAAUGUAUACGACGAUAUCGUGAUUCUAAAGAGGCAUUUCCACAUUUGGCUAAUGCUGGAAAAUAUUCAACUACAUUCCUUGUUGUCAUAUCUAAUACGAUUUGUGCUUACAAUGCUGCGGAAUAUUCAAAUCGUUGGGAAAAUCCAUGGUUGUGGCUUUGGAUCUUUAGUUGCAUUGUCAAUUCUAUUUAUUCACUAACGUGGGAUUUAAAAAUGGAUUGGGGUCUUUUAGAUAGCAAUGCUGGUGAAAAUAAAUUCUUACGCGAAGAAGUAGUAUAUUCAGCAGCGGGAUUCUAUUAUUUUGCUAUAAUCGAGGAUUUUAUUCUGAGGUUUGCAUGGAUCGCGAGUUUCGUUCUUAUUGAGUGUGGAUAUGUAUCUAGUGAUUUAAUGACAUCGAUAGUAGCACCUCUUGAAGUCUUCAGGCGAUUCGUUUGGAAUUUCUUCCGAUUAGAAAAUGAACAUUUAAACAAUUGUGGUAAAUUUCGUGCAGUUCGUGAUAUUUCGAUCGCACCGAUAGAAAGUUCUGAUCAAACGCAAAUUUUGCGUAUGAUGGAUGAAGAAAAUGGUGUACUUAAUAGAGGUAAACGUAAAGUUGGUGGUAAACGACAAGCUACUAGUAAAGAAGAUAAACGGGCAUUGCUCAAAGAAGAAACAGUUGACAUAGAUAUAUCAAAUACUAGUUGAAAAUAGUUCAAUUGUUUUAUUAUCAGAACCUAUGCAAAGCAAUAUUAUUCCAAAUUUAAUGUAAUUUUUAUAGGACAAUAGUUUGCUAGAAAGAGUGCAGGUCAUACUUUAUUGUGAACAAUUAAUAUUUCCUUUGUGUAUCAAAAUUGAAGAUUGUGAGGCUGAACUGAACAAGUGCCUUGUAUAUAUCCUGUUUAUUAAACUAUGAAUUUAAUAACUUAGUUCUAUGAUAUUUAUACUACAGUGUCUUCCAUAUAACUGUUUCAACACAACACAUGAUUUAUCGCUAAUAAAUUGAUUUGAAAGACAAAUGCUUUUAAUUACUUUAAUAAUGUAUGAAAAUCAUUUUUGUUUAGACAAGUCUUGAAUUAGCUGUAUACUACUAAUUAGUAUGCAAUUGGUAAAUACAAAGAAAGAUAGGUUACUUUAUUAGUGAUAUAUCUGUUAAUAUAUAUUUAUUGAGUGCUAUAGUCUUCAAUUUUGAUUAAUAAAUGCACAGAUUCAUACUUGAGAAAUGUAUAAAGUGUAUCAUAAUAGUUGUACAUAGAUAUUAGUGAGUUGUAUGUAGAAACAGGGUCGGUAUUUUAAUAUGUGCAUUUGUUCAACGAGCAAUAGUACAGUCUAUCUAUUAUUAUAGUAUUAUAAUUUUAAUUAAAGGGAAAGCGCUCAUUACAUUAUAAUGUUCAUAAUUUUUGCUGACAAAUAUAAAUUCUAGAUUAAUUGUCAGUGGGAAGUGGUAUUUGUAAUUUAUCUCAUCAAACAAUUGUAUUCAUUUGAACUAAUUAUACAUAAAAUUUACUAGACUACAGCGUCUCUUACAUUAUUUAAAUAAUACAUUUAAUAAUUAUUUGUCUUUUUUUGUGGUAAGGUACCCAUGUACCUUUAUAUUCUAUGCGAUACAAUACAUUUCUAAAAGAUAAUUAUAAAAUAUGCAUUAAGAAACACAAGAGCUUAUAUGUAGUGAUUGCAGAGGGAGAUUAGAUUUUAUAUAGAUAGACGUUUCAACAAAAUAUAUGAAGAUAAUAAGUAAGCCCCCAAUGUUGAAUUAGGUACCAAGUACUUAAAAUUGCAAUAGCAUUUUUAUAGAAGUAUUUUUACAUUUAUAUUCUAAAAUGUUCAAAGUAUUUCAACAUGUUGAAAACUAUUCUUUUCAUUUUUUGAAUAUCAACAAUAGUAAUAAUAAUAGUAACAUUGACAAAAGUUACUAUUAUUCAUAGUAAUAGUGCAUAGAAAUCUAUGCCUUAUACUUCUCGUUGAAAAUAUAACUGGAUACACAAACUGUAAUCUAUCGUCCUUUUCUAUAUAUGUUUUACAUAAAACGAAGAUUACUUGAACAAAUUUUUUAUCUCUUAUAAAAGAAAUAAAAUAAAGAAUGCCGACAAUAUAAUUUCAUUCGCUUAAUUUAAAAGAAUCUAAAAGAAUUGUUACAUUAUGUUAUGUAUUACGCACGAUAAGGUAUUGUUCUUAAUGGUAUUGUGUAUGAUGUAUUCUUAUGUAUUUAUGAAUUAAGUAUUCCAAUAAUUGUGAUGGUUUUACACAUGUAUUUUUAUAUAUUUUGUUAUAGAAAUAAUAGUGAUAACAAUAAGUAGUAAUAUAACGUCUCCGGACCAACAGGAUAAAAAAGAAUGCCCCGAGAAUAUUCUGAACGGUUGAUCGAGGGAAAAUACAUUAUAGUUAUUUGAAAGGUAUAUAUGCAUAUUUGUACCCAACAAGGUGGGAGAAUUUGUUGGGGCUGUGCUGAAAAUUACGGUAUAUUACCAGACACCACCUUAUAGGAGAAAGUGUCUCCAUCCAGAUCAGGUACCUCAAAUACCACAGAAGAAUAAUGGUGGCAGGGCCGUUAUCUUCGUGCUCCAGAUGCAGAAAAAGAAUAAGCUGGACGAGGAGGAAUUAUAUGCGUAAGAUGAAGGAAUUUUAUUACCGACAACGGAACUGGAAGUCUACGAGAUAAUUAAAAAACAAAAAUAAUAACAAUAAUCUUAGAAAAAUCUUUUUUCAUCCUGGUAGUUGGUAGUCCGGGGAUGUUACAACGGUAAUAACAGUGAACAGUGACAUUUAUUCCUAUUAAAAGAGUGUGAGAUAUUUUUAUAUUUCGUGUACAACAUAUUUUCGCGUAUAUGUUAGUUAUAUGUGCACAUCUUUUUAGAAAGAUAUGUGAUUACAUGCAAUUGUAAGCAGUUUGUAGCGAAUUAAAUAUGUAAAUGAUACUUGCUUAUAGGCUAUUUAUAAUUCAUUAAUAAAAUGUUCAGUAAUUAAA